UUCGAGUCACUUGACUCUACCGGGAUCCCACGCCCACGCACCGCCUCGUCUGCCUAGGGCCAAGUUUUUUUUUCACUCUGCAUUCCUACUACCUAAGUCCAGUCCGUACAGAGAAAGUACAUUUGGGUCACGAUCGCAUUCGCGCGUUCCGAGACUCAACCUCCUCACAGCCAGACGGGACGGGCGGCAGUGCAGGACGGAGAAUCGUCAUGACGACCCAGGCUGACCAGAAUGGCACUACUUCGUACGUGCCCUCGUGGAAUACGAGUCGAUGACGGAAAUACAGCCGCGAAGACACAAUCCCCAACUCGCCAAAGCUGUCCCUGCUCGUCAGACCUGUCCCUGUCCGCCUGUCACCCAGCUGUCCCCCCACUGCGACACGGAGACACGCAUCGAGCGGCGGGCAUUUAUGUACAGAGUACAGAUACGCGUCUGCGCAUUUGCGCAAGGGUACCUUGCCUAUCCGCCCUAUGCAUCGAUAUGAUACACGACCGAUUGAUACUUGCUCUCUACGGGUACAAGCAAACUGGGCGAGCUCUGUCUCUGCUGCCUUUCCGUACAUUGAAGGCAGUCAGUCAGUCGACUGAGUGGUGUCGGCGACAGCUCCGGCCGUUUACUCGACCACCAGUGAAUGGCUGGAUCUAAUCCUGCAGCUCGCCCUGCCCGCUGCACGCAAGACAUAAACACCCCACUCGCGGCAAUGGGCCUUCAUGCUGCACUGCUGCACUGCUGCAGGCGACCACGAUCUCCUCCUGGAUUCUUUCUGCAGGUAAUUUGGCCAACCGUAGCCAGAUCACUUGCUUGAGACCCGAUCGAAUGGACGGGACAGUGGACAAUUAGGUCGCAGGGCAGGGGAUCCCCCCGGCGCCUUUCUCACGCAUGAUAAACUUCAGGCUUGGUCCGAACUCUCUGGCCCAUCGGACAAGCCUGGCUUGGCCGGCUUCG